AUGUCGAUGCCAACAACCAUACCAUUAAAACAUUUAAAAGUAUUAGUUGUAUACUCAUCAUACCCACAGGAGCUGAUUGACAGGGUACAAGAGACGUUUGGAAGUGCGCUGAUCGUCGACUGUAAUAACAUCAACGACAGCAAUCGAGAAGAGACUAUUGCCUAUAUGAAAGAGGUUGAUGGGUUUAUCACUGCACCGCAAGUCAAGAUUGACCAGUUGUCACUGCUUCAACAUGCACCCAAGCUACGUGCCAUCUCGACAGUGUCGGUAGGCUAUGACAAUGUCACUGUGGCUGACUUGACAGCACGCGGAAUCGCAUUCAUGCACACACCGACUGUCCUAACCGACACUGUAGCCGACACUACACUCGCAUUGAUGCUAGCAUCUGCACGUCGUAUAUGUGAACUAGAUCAAUGGGUACGAGCCGGCUUGUGGAAGGCACCCGUCACACCACCACAAUUUGGUCGUGACGUUCAUCACAAGACUGUUGGUAUACUUGGGUUUGGUCGUAUUGGUAAAGCUGUCGCUCAAAGAUGUUCAAUGGGUUUUAAUAUGAAUGUAUUGUAUGUAUCUAGAAACCAUGGCAAAUCGGCGGUCUCUGACACGAGUGGAUACAACUAUAAAGCAAGAUGUGUAGAGUUGCCUGAACUACUUGCGACAUCAGACUUUGUUGUAUUGUGUUUGCCGGGGUCUGCAGAGACACGUCACUUUAUAUCGACCAAGGAACUAGAGGCUAUGAAAAAGUCGGCUAUCAUUGUCAACAUUGGAAGAGGAUCUGUGAUUGAUGAAGAGGCACUCAUCAAGGCACUCGAAAACAAUACCAUUGCCGGUGCAGGUCUAGAUGUCUAUGAAAAGGAGCCAUUGGCACAGUCAUCACGUCUCAACACGCUACCCAAUGUUGUCAUUGUCCCUCAUAUCGGUUCUGCAACCCAUGAAACUAGAUUUGGUAUGGCAAAUUGUGCAUUGGAUAAUUUAAUCAAUGCUCUUCAAAAUGAUAUCUCUCAAAAUUGUGUAAACAAAUUAGAUUUACAAAAAAAUAAAUAG